CAGUCCCACUGAGUUUAUUCCAGCUGAUUUGGAAACUGCAAACAGUCGUUUGUGCGAAUACUGACAGGUAGCUACAGGUGAAUCAGUGCAACCUUGGACUGCUGCUUAAAUGAAAAAAAGACCAGCACAACCAGCCAAAACUUCAACCAUUAUCGUCUUAAUUUUUAACAUUCAAAAUCUCUAAUAGUGUUUUGUAUGAACUGCACAGUCAAAAUGUCCACGAAUGGAAUAAACACACCUCUAAAGCUACAGUUUGGACUUAUCAAUUACGAGAAUCGUUACCUCACAGCAGAGGCAUUUGGGUUCACUGUAAAUGCAUCCGCUACCAGUCUGAAGAAGAAACAGACCUGGACCUUGGAGCAGGACCAGGAGAACCAGGUGGUUUUCUUGCGCAGCCACCUCGGACGUUACCUGGCCACCGAUAAAGACGGUAAAAUAAGCUGUGAGAGAGAAGUACCAGACCCAGACUGCCGUUUCUUGAUCGUGCCCCAGUCAGAUGGACGCUGGGCAUUGCAAUCUGAGACACACCAGCGCUAUUUCGGAGGCUCUGCAGAAUACUUAUCAUGUUUUGCCCAGAUCAUCGGGGAGAUUGAGCAGUGGACCGUCCAUCUCGCCCUUCACCCACAGGCCAGCAUGCUGAGUGUACCCCGCAAGCGCUACGUCCACCUGUCCAUAGCAGACGACAAACUCUGCACGGGCCGAGACAUCCCUUGGGGGGUGGACUCUCUGAUCACCUUGGUCUAUCUGGAAGGGAAGUAUUGUCUGAAGACCUGCGACAACCGCUUUCUCAGAAAUGACGGCAAGUUGGUGAUAGAGAACGAACCCAACACUUGUUUCACCCUGGAGCUCAAGUCUGGCAAGUUGGCCUUUAAGGACAGUGAGGGCAAGUACAUCACACCGAUGGGGCCCACAGGAACCAUGAAGUCUGGCCGAUGUUCCACGCCAUGGAAAGAUGAGCUCUUUGAUCUGGAAGAGAGUCACCCGCAAGUUGUUUUCCAGGGAGCCAACAAAAAAUAUGUCUCUAUUCGGCAAGGUGUCAGCGUGUCAGCCAACCAGAAUGAUGAGACAGACAUGGAGACGUUUCAGAUGGAGAUUGACAAAGACACUAAGAAGUGCAUGUUCAGAACCAACGGAGGAAACUACUGGACACUUGUUUCUCACUGCGGCAUUCUGGCUUCCGCUACAGAAGCUGAGGAGAACACAAUGUUUGACAUCGAGUGGCUUGGGAGGCGCGUCGCUUUGAGGGCAAGCAAUGGAAAAUAUGUCUCCACUAAGAAAAAUGGACACCUGGCUGCUGUCAGUGAUUCUGUGGGGGAGGAUGAGAUGUUUGUGCUCAAGUUGAUUAAUCGUCCUAUCCUGGUGCUGCGUGGAGAGAAUGGGUUUGUGUGUCACCACAAGACCUCCAAUACACUGGACGCCAACCGCUCAGUUUAUGAUAUCUUCUCACUGCUGUUUAAUGAUGGCGCAUACCAAAUAAAAAGUGGAAAAGGGACAUUUUGGUAUGUUUCCAACAGUGGUUUGGUGUGCACAGAUGGGGACAAACCUGAGGAUUUCUUUUUUGAGUUUCUGGUGUAUGGACGUGUCGGCAUCAAGGCUCAGAAUGGCAAGUACCUGCGUGGAGACCAGGGAGGCACGCUGAUAGCUAAUGGGACCAAUGUGGAUAACUUUUCCUUGUGGGAGCACUGAUGAUCACAGGCACACAGAUACAGACAAUAUGCAAUUUAAUUAAAUAACGUCAUCUCUUUACUUUUCUUCUAACUCAGUUUUUUGUCACAUCUGGUAUAAAAGUGGUUUAUGUUUUUUUGUGACAACCAUUGAUUGUUCAUUUUACUAUCUUUCUUUUUUAAUGACAUCAUCACUGUUUUUCUGAGGAAAAAUCAAAAGCUGCACCUAUUCAAGAUAGUUGAGCAAUAUAUUCACUUAAUAUACUAUAUGGAAGCACAAUGCGGUGUUUUUUUAGGUGAGCCAGGCAAAUGUUAAACUAUUUAAAAAAAAAAAAACUUUAUGCAACACUUACUAAACUUUUUUUAGUUUUACAGUGACUUCUUGAACCCUUGCCUAUAAAUAAAUCUAUAUGUUCUUGUGUAAACCUAAUGAGUCUUAACAUUUCUCAGAUAAUGAUAAAUGAAAGAGAAUAGAUGAUAACUGAAUUAUUGUUAUUUUAAAUCUACAUGAAGAUGGUUUUCAGAUACAGGCUAUAACAGUGACUGAGGCAUUUAUAUUUCUGUACACAUCUUCAAUCUGUCCAAUACUGAAAACA